AAUGUAAAUUCUUGUAGUUUUUCAACUGGUCUUAACCCUUUUAUCAGGAGUGUAUGUUAAACAACAACAAAAUGUGUGUUGUGUUUUAACACAAUUUCAUAUAUUUAUCGUAUUUAUGACAUAGUGCAUUCCACUUUAUGGCCAAAUGGUUGAUUUGAGUGACCAUGUUUCAACUUUUUCUCCCUGACUUCCUGACAGAAAAUCUAAUUGUAAUUUGACUGUGCCGCCACCUUAGCCCAAGCCUGUGAUUCCCCCUCGGGUCGUAAGAUGGCGAUAAUGCUCCCAAUUUAGCGACCGAGUAUUGCUGCGCCGUAGAAAGCCAAUAGAAGAAGCAUGUUGUGUCGUCAUCAGAAAGCCGUGGAUCGAACGUGACGUCACAACAAUGCGACACAUUACCCCCCGCUAAUCACAACAAUAAUAAGACGGCCAGUGAGCUCUACAGUAAGGAAAACGCUAACAAUGGAAGACAUCCACAAUUUGGUGUUCUUUCUUUUCGCCAUGUGGCUCUACAUCACAAGAAGAAGACAAGCUUUGUUCGAGAGAAGACUCCAGGCCGCACGGAGAAACACUGUGGAGAAAAUGAGGAGAGUUUGGGAACUGAUGGAGGAAGACACAUUUCCAAGAAGAAGGCGGCGGCGACGACAAAGAAUGCUUCACGUGCUGCUAAAGCGCCGCCGCAGACCGAGCAUCUGGGCUGUCAGCCGCUCCAAUGAGUGGUGGGAUGAGGUGGUUCCGGGGUUCACGCGCACAGAGUGGGUGCACCACUUCAGGAUGUCGGAAGAGACAUUCCUUGACAUGUGUGGUAAGCUGCGUCCCGCCAUGGAGAAGCGGGACACCAACUUUCGCGUGUGCGUCCCGGUGAAGAAGAGAGUGGCCAUCGCUCUGUGGAAGCUGGCCACAAACAGCGAGUACAGGAGCAUCAGCCAUCUUUUUGGCGUUAGCAAGACGACGGUGUGUCGCUGCGUGCGGGAAUUCUGCUUGGCCGUGUGUACGUUGUUGGUGCCACAGGAGAUUCGCUUUCCCGACGUGGACAAGCUUCAAGAAAUGGCGGCCGGCAUUGAGCAGAGCUGGGGGCUUCCGCAAUGUAUCGGCGCCAUUGAUGGUGCCCACAUUCCCAUCAUAGCCCCUCAUGAAAAGCACCGUGACUACAUCAACGGGAGAGGCUGGCAUUCCAUCAUCCUUCAAGGUGUUGUGGACAGACAAGGCUGGUUUUGGAGCGCUUGUGCAGGCAUGGCUGGAAGUUUGCACGAUGCUCAAGCGCUAAGGAUGUCUUCCUUGUGGCAGACAGCCGAGGAAGGCAGGGUUUUCUCCACACGCACCAGGAAUAUCGCUGGGGUGAACGCUGGCUAUUACAUCCUGGGAGACGCCGGCUAUCCGUCAAAGACUUGGCUCCUGAAACCAUUCCCUGACGACGGCCAGCUGACGGCGGAGCAGCAGACAUAUAACGAGACCUUCCGUAAGGCGCGAAUGAUGGUGACUGGCGCCUUCUCUCGACUGCGAGGCAGGUGGCGCUGCCUGACCAAGAGGAACGACAGCGACAUUGAAGUUGUGAAGUCCAUGGUGUUGACUUGCUGCGCGCUACACAACCUGUGUGAACGCCGCGGAGAGGAAUACCGCCAAGAAUGGGACGCUGUUGUGGCCGCGCCUACUCCUGCAGUAACACCAGGACAGGAUGGUGAUGAGGAAGAAGGCGAGGAUGUACGUGGGGCUCUGAUGAUCUUUUUCAACAAUUUAUCCCUUUAAAACACUCAGGGGGGAUUACUAUAUUAGUAAUCCAAUAUUGUCAUUUACCAAAUGAAUACUGACUCACCAUCGGUGUGAGUCUGGAGUUGGAUUUCCAGAGACAAGCAAGGUCGUGUUUCCCACAGGACUGCCGUCUAUUAGUGGUUGAGAAAAGGGAUACAUGCUUUUAUGUUAGAGUUUCCAAAAGUGUCCAAUAAGUCCAGAAAAAGUUGCUGGAUUUGUUGGUAGUUUAAUGACAGGCUACAUUCACAGGCAGUCCCAUUAUAAUGUGUUUCUAAGCGAGGAUGAACAGGAAGUGCCACAUUGUAUUUGCGGGGGUCCACGUGGAUUUGUGGCGGGUUGUCACAAAUAGAUGAAUGUAGGGCAAACAUGCAAGAUCAGGCUUUGUACCGUCCACGUAACGGGAAAGGCAACGACGUCCUCUGCUGCCUCUUUUCCACCGCAGAAGCCUUUUCAGGAACUUCUCCAAUUCCCUGGGAUUUUGAAAACUCCUACUGCACUUCCACCGAAAUUACCCACACAAAAACUCCACUCAAAGCAGUUCGGGAAAGUUCCAGGAAUCGGGAGGGAUCUGUUUCCAGAAGCCCAGGGACUUUUGUGAGGCAGUCUGUGCUGAAGAACGCUGAUUGGUGCAAUGCACGGAAAAUGCAUGGAAAAGGCUAAAUCAUCUUGCUGUGUGUUUUUUUUUUAACUUACUUGCACUUUAUUACAAUAAAAAUGUGAUCUAAUAUUGUACUGUAUUUUUAUUGACAUGGCAUCAUUUUAGAAACAUACCACUCAUACUUCUUCAGCCUGCUUUGAAUGAAUAACUUUAUCUUUGAUGUGCGAUGGAAACGCAAACAGUUUGCCCAGGUUAAACAAAAAGUCCUUAGUACUAAAGUUCCUGGGUUUUUGGUGGAAAAGGGGCUAAUGCCAUUGUGGAAUGUUCUAGGAAGUUCUUUCCAAUUUUUCAUUUCACUUUUUAGUUUCAUUAAGUUCUUAUUACAUGUACAGACGUAAUAAAGGUUUUAGGAUGGCCACAGCUUGAUCCUGGAACACAUUUCAUUGGGGUUUUUUUUAUUGGAAAAGCGUUUAGAAACCUUUGAAGGUUCCACUUUAUUCAGGUAGUAAGCUGACCCCUUUUUGACUGACCAAAGGAAAUAAGUGUACACUACAACUGUGCCCCCUACAGGCAUGGACAGUAGAGACAUGGUGGGUUUUUCCACCUGGUCUUCCCAGGUAGUGCAAUUAAGAAGUUCCUCUUGAGUCCAUUGUAACAACAUGAACAACACAACAAAAAUCAGAU